CUCUCAGUACUUCCCAAAUAAUUUCACCAAAAACAGGGAGGGGUGUAAUCAUUUGUUCAAACCAUAGCAAACGGAAAAAGUUUAGCAAUGAAAACGUGAGUUUCUAUUGGACACAUUCUGAUAGAUCCCGCCCCAUUUGAUUCUGUUUAAGAAACGUUUUGCAACAGAAUUGGCGAAAUUAGUACGCUCCAGUACGGUAUGUUUAGAAACUUUGUGACUUCCCGGUGAAAACAGAUUUGUUUGACGCUGUUUGUUGUUCUGGUCUAUCACCUUGAGCCAACUCUCACAAGCGGCCACCACAAAAGUUUUCGAUUGAGCUGGACAGAUUGAAGGAAACAGGCCUAUCUCUAGGUGGCGAUGGGUUCUAUGUUCCGCAGUGAGGAGGUGUGCCUGGUGCAGCUCUUCCUCCAGUCUGGUUCAGCCUACAACUGUGUCAGUGAACUGGGAGAACUGGGCCUGGUCGAGUUCAGAGAUUUGAACCCCAAUGUCAACUCCUUCCAAAGGAAGUUUGUGGGGGAGGUGAGACGAUGUGAGGAACUGGAGAAAACCUUCUCGUUCCUGGAGCAGGAGAUCAAUCGGUCUCUGUGGCCCCCCCUCCAUGGCCCCCUCCCUUCCCCCUGCCCGACACCCUCGGCCCCCCAGCCCAGAGACCUACUCACCAUUGAGGAAGAGAGUGAGAGGCUGGCCAGGGAGCUCAAAGAGGUGUCCAGGAACAGAGACAGUCUCAGAGCCCAGAUGACCCAGCUCAGCCAAUACAAAGGGGUUCUCACCCAGACCCACUCCCUCACCUCCUCACAGGGUUCGCCGCCUCCACUGGAAACAGUAGGCAUAUUGGAGCCUAACCGACAGGACGUCCACCUCAGUUUUGUAGCCGGUGUGGUCCACCCCUGGAAAGUCCCUUCGUUCGAGCGGUUGCUAUGGCGAGCGUGCCGUGGUUACAUCAUCGUGGACUUCAGAGAGAUGGAGGAGCAACUAGAGCUUCCUGUCACGGGGGAGAUGCAGUGGACGGUGUUCCUCAUAUCCUACUGGGGAGAUCAGAUCGGACAGAAGGUCAAGAAGAUCUGUGAUUGGCCCAGAGACCUACUCACCAUUGAGGAAGAGAGUGAGAGGCUGGCCAGGGAGCUCAAAGAGGUGUCCAGGAACAGAGACAGUCUCAGAGCCCAGAUGACCCAGCUCAGCCAAUACAAAGGGGUUCUCACCCAGACCCACUCCCUCACCUCCUCACAGGGUUCGCCGCCUCCACUGGAAACAGUAGGCAUAUUGGAGCCUAACCGACAGGACGUCCACCUCAGUUUUGUAGCCGGUGUGGUCCACCCCUGGAAAGUCCCUUCGUUCGAGCGGUUGCUAUGGCGAGCGUGCCGUGGUUACAUCAUCGUGGACUUCAGAGAGAUGGAGGAGCAACUAGAGCUUCCUGUCACGGGGGAGAUGCAGUGGACGGUGUUCCUCAUAUCCUACUGGGGAGAUCAGAUCGGACAGAAGGUCAAGAAGAUCUGUGAUUGGUCCCAGACAGAGCACUACCUCCAGCAGCUGUUGGUGCGUGCUGUAGCCGUGCUGCCCCAGUGGAAGGUGCGGGUCCAGAAGUCUAAGGCUGUCCAGGCUGUGCUGAACCUCUGCAGCCCCUCUGUCACCGACAAGUGUCUGAUCGCUGAGGCCUGGUGUCCCGUCAGCAAGCUGCCUGAACUACAGAGUGCCCUGAGAGAAGGAGGGAGGAAGAGUGGCAGUGGGAUGGACUCGUUCUACAACCGCCUCCCGUGCUCCACCCCUCCUCCCACCCUGUUCCCUACCAACUCCUUCACGGCCGGCUUCCAGAGCAUCGUAGAGGCUUAUGGAGUGGCCAGUUACCGUGAGGUUAACCCAGCCGUGUACACCAUCAUCACGUUCCCCUUCCUGUUUGCGGUGAUGUUUGGGGACGUGGGUCACGGCCUGCUGAUGUUCCUGGCUGCCCUCUGGAUGGUCCUGGAGGAGAAGGACCCCAAACUCAGGAACAACACCAAUGAGAUCUGGAGGAUGAUGUUUGGAGGACGCUAUCUGAUCCUGUUGAUGGGACUGUUCUCUGUCUACACUGGGGCCAUCUACAAUGAGUGUUUCAGCAGAGGACUCAGCCCCUUCAGCUCCGGCUGGCACGUACGACCCAUGUUCGAGAGCGGAGAGUGGAGUACAACAACUCUUAAAGAGAACAACUUCCUGUCCCUGGACCCUAACAUCACUGGGGUUUUUACAGGACCCUAUCCUUUUGGCAUCGACCCGAUCUGGGGUCUGUCCAACAACCACCUGACAUUCCUCAACUCCUACAAGAUGAAGAUGUCCGUCAUCAUCGGGGUGAUCCACAUGACCUUCGGAGUCUGUCUGUCCUUCUUCAACUACAAACACUUUAACCAGUUGAGCAGUGUAUUCCUGGUACUGAUCCCAGAGCUGUUCUUCAUGCUGUGUCUGUUUGGUUACCUGGUCUUCAUGGUCAUCUUCAAGUGGCUGGCCUUUGACACGGCCCACUCUAACUCCGCCCCCAGCAUCCUCAUCCACUUCAUAGACAUGUUCCUAUUCACAGUGAACAAGGAAAACCCGCCCCUCUACAAAGGACAGAUUGUGGUGCAGAAGGUCCUUGUGGUGCUGGCGCUGUGUUCUGUUCCAGUCCUACUGCUGGGGAAACCCAUCCAUCAAUACAUCACCCACAAGAGGAACCACUGGCACAUGGCAGGAGAGAGCCGCCCCCUGUUAGAUGAGAACAAUUCCAUCAACGCUCAUCAGGGAGAGGUGGAGACGGGGAGUCACAGAGAGGAGGAGUUUGAUGCUGCUGAUGUGUUCAUGCACCAGGCCAUCCACACCAUAGAGUACUGUCUAGGCUGCAUCUCCAACACAGCCUCUUACCUACGACUGUGGGCCCUGAGUCUUGCACAUGCACAGCUGUCAGAGGUGCUCUGGGUGAUGGUGAUGCGUAUCGCCCUAAACGGGCAAGGCUACGUGGGAUCUGUGGUCCUGUUUGUAGUCUUUUCCUUCUUUGCUGUGCUGACAGUCUCCAUCCUCCUGGUCAUGGAGGGCCUGUCUGCCUUCCUGCAUGCCUUGCGUCUGCACUGGGUGGAGUUCCAGAAUAAGUUCUACAGCGGAACAGGCUACAAGCUGAACCCUUUCGCCUUCUCUUCCCUAAUCCACGCCUCGUCCGCUAUGUGAUCAAUUUAUUGACCGUUUUAAAUAUGUUUGAAUAAUUAACAACCAUUUGGCAAUCAGUCACUUGCUCUGCACCUAUCGCUCCCCCGCACAUUUGAGAAUGAUUGCUCUCUUUUUUAUCGAAAGCUUGGUGUUUUGAAGAACUUGUUCAAUGUCCAAGAAUGCAUUGAGGACUUUGCACUGUGUUAUUGAUUAUGUGCCCAUUUCAGCAUGCAUGUUGUGUGAUCAGAAUAUCUGUUGUUCCUUCUAUGGACUGACCAUGUGUUGCUUCCAGUAAUGUACAUUUUAGAUAAUAAAUGUUUUUUUAUCAUUCACAUUCUCUUAGUUUAUCAUUCUAAGCAUGAUUUGAAAACUGUUGUAAUAUCUUCAUAGUGUUGUUUGGUUGAAUAACUCAGGAAAUGGUUGGUAUUGACUUUCACACAUGAUGAAAGUGAUCUCAAAGUCUGUAAAGAUAAAGGACACCAGUUGUCUUAACACAUCUGGUCUGAAAGACAAAGUAGACAUGAUGGCUGUGCUGCUUUUGUUAUUGGUAAUGUGAGCGACCCUUUAUGGUACUCAACACCUCCAGUUUCUUAUGUCGUAUUUGGACACGGUUAAUGAUUAUGGAAAGGAAACUUGUCAACCAUGUCAUUCACAUUAUGUCUGAUAUGAGCAGAGAACCAUCUGAAUGAAGAUCAAUGUUUUUCCAAAGAUUAACUUGAUUUGUGUGCCUUUGAACCCAUCUAGUUUUCAUGUUUGUAAUCAGGCCUUAUCUGUUCAUUAGUCAUUGAGACUGAUCAUGGAACAUAUUCAAGCCUUUGAACAACUGUUAGUCUGCUGCAUUCUCUGUAUCCUGGUUCACAUCAUGCUGUCUUUGUUUUUACUAUCAGUGUGAUAAACUCUGGCUGAAAUUAAAUUAAAGCUGUUUUUUUUUUCUUACA